CGCCGGCCACGGCGGGCGCCGGGAGCUCCGGCUCGGCGCAGCCCACGCCGAUCAGCAGCACCCCGCCGCUGCUCUCGCCGGGCGGGUCGCGCUCGCCCGGCUCGGCGCCCAGCCACAGCGCGGGAGGCUUCUUUGCGUCCUUCCGGCCCUCGUCGCCAAGGCCAGUGCCGGCAGAUGACUCGUCUGCUCCGGCCGCCGGCACGCCGCGGCGCCGCGAAAAGGCAGGCUCCGCCUCGCUGGCCUCGGGGCAGCCAGGCUCGAGCCACGAGCGCAGCCGAAGACCCAGCAGCGUGCUGGAGCACGUCGGCGGCAUGUGGGAGCGGUUCGGCAAGCGUGUGGGCGGUAGCGCCGCAGCGGGCGCGACGGCUGGGCACCGGCGCGGCGCGAGCGCCAUGUCGCACAGUGACUCGCGCGGCAGUGCAGUGGACAUCGAAGACGAGUCGCCCAUUCUGGCGUACGCCGCGAGCGAUCUGCCCGCCAAGGCUCUCGGCCGGGUCCUCAUCCAAGUGACAGAGGACAACGAGCGCUUCGCCGUCGUCGACGUGAGCGGCCUGAGUGACGCAGCAGCCAUCAAGGAGCGCAUGCUGAGCAAGCUGCACAUCUUCGACGACGAUCACUCUGGCUUCGCGCUGUACCGCACCGAGAUCGGGCAGCUCGACGUCGACGGGCCGCGCCUGUCUGACGACGAGCUGCUGGCGCAGUGCGCAACCAUCGGCGACGAGCGGGGCAGCCUCAAGUUCCUGCUCCAGCAGAUUGCGCCGCCGCGCGACAGCACGCGCACGCUGCCGCCGCCCGUCGCCUCGUCGUCCUCGCCGCGGCGUGCGCUGCGCGAGCUGCACAGCGGCAGCACCACGACGACCUCGACCACGCACGCCAGCUCCAGCGCCGGCGUGGGCGCCUCGUCGCAGUCCCACUCCAAGUCGGGCAGUCUCAGCUCGCGCUCGUCGGCUGUGAGCGACGUGCUCGCGCAGCCCGAGAUCUACGACUCGGGCUCGGAGAGCGGCGCCGCGCGCGGCCUGCACCGCUCGCGCGGCGCAUCACGUCGCCCGGCUACUGCCAACGAGUAUGCGCGCGCGCCCGGCUCGAUGCUCCUCUCCGUGACUGAGCGCCAGAAGCUCGACGACGAGUCGGACAUGGCAGUGGUCGACGAGAUGGCCGGCCUCGCGCUCGAGCGGCGCGGGCAGACUAUGCGUGCUUCGGAACACGACUCCGCUCGAAGGCACGAGGGCGCGCGACGACCCAGCAUGCCGCGUAACGCGUCCAGCGGCGAGAACGCGCGCGAGCGGGGCCACCAGGGCGAGUGGGACCGGCAGUACACCAGCGCGGCGUCGAUGUACGCAAGUGUCCCUUCGCCGCCCAUGGAGCGGCACGACCGCAUGCGCUCCGAGACUGCCGUGCACCACCCGCAUUACGCGCAGCCACCAGACUCGUCCGCGCAUGGUCGAGCGCUGCAGCCAGUCAAGAGCAUGGACGAGCUACGCUCUCGCGCGCCGCCAGCUCCGCCGGCGGGCUCAAUGCCGCCGCCGCCGUCGCAAGUACACGGUGCCUACAGUGCGUACGCGCCGGGACACGCUCGGCCACCGGCGCCGCCGUCCGCGGGCACUCCUGCUCCACGCCGGCCGAGCGCCGAGUCUCACCCCAUGCGCUCGCCGCCCUUCGACCCGCGCCUCGCUGCCGACCCGUACGGACGCCCGAUGCCGCACCACGCCGCUGAUCAGCACAUGCGCGCACGUGCGCCGUCCUUCGGCGAUCCGCGCGCAUCGCGGGCGCCCACAGAUGCGCGCCUGAUGGGCCCACGCCACGCACCUCCCGGAGCAAUGGGUCCGCCUCCACGGCCAGGCACAGUGGCUCCCGUCGUCCCGUACAGCGGCGCGCCGAUGCAGCCGAACGCGAGCUUCGACGGCCGGUACGCGACUGCGCCUCGCCCCCACAGCGUCACAAACGAGUUCGGCGCACGCAUCCCCGGCCCAUACGCAGGGCCGGCGCACGGCGCCCGCGGCACUUCCCCAGCGCCAUUCCCCUCGCGCCCGCACACGUACCACGACGCGCCGCAGCAGCAGCACUAUCGCCCCGUGCCGCCGUCGCAAGCGCCGCAGCCCGUGCCGAUCUACAUGUCACGCGAGGAUGCCUUCACGUCGGCACACUUCCCAGCGUCCAGCUCGCGCCAAGUCUCCGAGUUCCAGCGCAUCGCCUCGGCGCAGGGCAGUCUGACGCCGGGCAUGACGGUGCAGGAGCGCCUCCGCGCCCAGCAGCACGCACCUCAUCCGCAGCCUUCCUUUGGGCCGAGGGAGCCGCGCGCCUGGACAGGGCCCAGGUCGUACGAGCCCGACGCCUCGCUGGCUCGAGCCUCGCCACGCGGAGAGUCGCCAAGCCGCUACAAUCCGGCGCACGGCGCUCCGUACGUGUAUGCUGGAGAGCAGCAGCAGCGCCAGAUGCGUGCAGUGCCGCCAUCCGCCGACUAUGGCCCGUAUCGCGCGCAGCCUGCUUCCGCCGGGGCGCAUUACGGUGCUCAACCAUCGCACCAUCCCGGCCAGAGCAUGCAGCAGGUCUCGCCGCAGAUGCAGCAUCAGGUGCCUCGGCGUGCUUCUGCCGAGCGCUCGUCGGCCGGCUCGCACAGCUCGCAAGAGCAAAAGCGCGGCCGCGCGCUCGACGAUGCGGCAGGCUCGGCCGGUCUUGUGCGUAGCUCGCGCCCCGAGCCUGUGAGCCCCGUCGACGCGAGGCGGCGCUCAGAGGACGAGGGCGGAGGGGCGCAUCGCUUGGGCGAGGCCGCUGAUGACGAGGACGACGAUGCACUGCUCAAGAUGCGCCCGCUGCCCAAGCCGCCUCAGCAGGCUGCUUCGCCGGAGAAGCCGGCCUCCUCCGCUCCAAGCCUGUCGCUCACACAGCCGCCGUCGCCGCCGGACGCCGCGCAGGAGAACCUGGCGCAGGCUGCGCACUGGGCGUCUCUGUUCAGCGGCCUGGACUCCGAGGGCACCGUCAGCUCGGCAGGAAGCGCGACCCUGCGCGCCGACUCGCGCUCGACAGACGGAUCGCGCUCGUUCUCAUCCGAGGCUUCCAGCGGCACCAUCACCGCGGCCGACUUUGCCAAGCUGGCGGCAGGCGGCAAGAAGCACGCCGAGGCCAUGAGCGCAGACGACGGGGACAGCGCGACGUUCGGAAGCUUCGUCGACGAUGACUCGGACGACGAGGACGGCGCCGGCACGUGGGCGCAGCCACUGGACUCCUCGCCCGCGCUCCUUGCGGUGCAGAGGCAAGCCGAAGCUGCCACUGCCGAGCCUGCGCGGCCCGUGACUCCCCUGAGCCACGGGACCACGCUGCACGACCCUGGUGUCUCGCCGCGGCCCACUUCGCCGCACGCCGGGCCGAGUCCUCGACGCCCGAUCCUGACGAUCAGCAUCGCCGACUCGACUAGCACAACCGUGUCGCGCGCCACGUCGCCGCAAGCUCCCCGACACAUCGCGCCGCAGUCGCAGCCAUCGCCGACACCGCAGUCCGCCUCGCCGCACCUGCAGCAGCUCUUGGCCAGUGGCGACGGCAGCUCAGCCGGCCUCGCUACGCCGACGUCUGCCGUCUCACAGACACCCAGCGGAAGCGGGGUCAACCGGCGCACCUCCUUCGCGCACCGCGACGGCGACUGGGCGCCGCGCCCGCCGCCCGAGCAGCUGUACGAGAACCUGGACGACUUCUUCCCAAAACACGACCUGGACAAGCCCGUGCUCGAGACGCUGCUGCCGGGCAGCCCUCUUGUCGGCAGCCCAAAGGCCGAGAUGGCCUCGAUGGCCUCUGUGCUGACGCCUGCGUCGCCCGUCGGCGCCGCUGCUGGCCGCGCCGGCCGCAGCGGGCACAAAAAAUCGAUCCGCAUUGUGGCGCAAGACAGGAAGCGCAUCCUCGAGCGCUCAGAGCACGGCUCGCGCCGCCGACUCGAAGGCAUGACGCCGCUGGAGCGCAGGCGCAGCACGAAGCUGUGGGGCACCAAGGUGGUCGAGAUGACGCCGUCCGGCCAGGAGGUGGCGCCCCCGUCGGCGACACCCAGCGAGUCGCCGUCCAGCGAGAAGCCGGUCUUCAAGUGGGUCAAGGGCGACCUCAUCGGCAAGGGCACGUACGGCCGCGUCUACCUGGCGCUCAACGCAACGACGGGCGAGAUGAUCGCCGUGAAGCAAGUCGAGCUGCCCACCACGGCAUCCGACCGCGAGGACGUGCGGCAGAAGGGCAUGGUCACGGCCCUCAAGGCCGAGAUCUCGACGCUCAAGGACCUCGACCACCCGCACAUCGUCUCGUACCUCGGCUUCGAGGAGACGCGCCAGCACCUCUCCAUCUUCCUCGAGUACGUGCCCGGCGGCAGCGUCGGCAGCGUGCUGCGCAAGUACGGCAAGCUCGAGGAGAACUGCAUCAAGAGCUUCCUGCACCAGGUGCUCGAGGGCCUGUCGUACCUGCACGACCGCGGCAUCCUGCACCGCGACGUCAAGUCGGACAACCUACUGCUUUCGCAGGACGGCAUCGUCAAGAUCUCGGACUUCGGCACUGUGCGCCGCAGCGAAGACGUCUACGGCGACGUGGCGUCCAUGUCGCUGCAGGGCAGCAUCUUCUGGAUGGCGCCCGAGGUCGUGGCGCAGUCGAAGCGCGGCUACUCGGCAAAGGUGGACAUCUGGUCGCUCGGAUGCGUCGCACUCGAGAUGCUCGCCGGCCGCCGGCCAUGGAGCGACCAGGAGGCCGUCGAGGCCAUGUUCAAGCUCGGCGCGGAGAGACGCGCGCCGCCGAUUCCGCCGGACGUCAGGCUCUCCAAGGCGGCAGCGCACUUUCUGCGCAACUGCUUCGAGAUCGACCCGGAGAAGCGCCCAACUGCUGCCAAGCUCCUCACGCACGUGUACCCGCUCAUCGACGAUCCCGACUGGACGUUUGAGAAGAGCCAGCUGUACCGCCGCCUGUCGCGCUGAGCGACGCGGCCUGCAAUCGUAUACCCUCU